GCUUCCGGGUGCUGAGGCGUCCCCCUCUUCUACUCCUCCGCCUCCCCGGCCGGAAGCUCCACCGGUCAUGUGACCGUCUCAAAAUGGCGUCGUCUCUCAAGGCCGGGCAGCCGCUGCGCCGGUUCUUAUGCAGCCCCGAGGCGAGCGGCGUCCCCGAAGCGCUGAGGGAGGAGCUGGCGGCGGCCCUGGCCGAGGGCGGCCUGCCUUUCGCGCUCCUCCGGAAGCUCCAGCGGGCCCUGCGGGAGGAGGGCGCCCCGGCCGCCGGUUCUCCAGUGUAUCUUCAUGAACUGUUGGAAGGCAGUGAAAUCUUUCUCCCUGAAGUGACAAAACCACCCAGGAACCCAGAAUUAGUGGCCCGGCUGGAGAAGAUCAAAGCUCAGUUGGCAAAUGAGGAAUACAAGCAGAUGACAAGGAACAUCAACUGCCAGGUCGGCCAAGGCAGUGACCGUCACCCUCAUCAACUUCCUCGUCACGGUGGGAGCCACCUUUGCCUGCGCCUUCCUGGGCAGCCAGUACAUCUUCACCGAGACGGCAGCGCGGGUGAUUGCGGCCGUGAUUGCGGCCUCCGUGGUGGGCCUGGCGGAGCUGUACGUGAUGGUGCGGACCAUGGAAGGGGAGCUGGGGCAGCUGUAGGCCAGGGCUGGGCUCCCUGCAGCCGGUUCCUUUGGCUCCUCCGGCGCUCCUCACCCCAGGGAGGUGGCCUCCGGACCCCCGUCCUUCCACAGAUCCCCGAGGGGCCGCUCAGGAGGAAGGAGCCCUCCGCCCAGCAUGGACAGAGACGCAGCUCUGCCUUCCCCAGCCCUGCUUCCACGCCAGGUGGGCCCCUGUCCACCAUCUGCAUCCAGGGGUCUCCUCCCCACAGCCCCCCGAGGGCUUUCUCCUCCGGUGCUGGAGCUGGGGGGGGGGGCAGAAAAGCCACUUCCCAGCUUGGUGCUGCUGGUCCCAUCGCUUGUGAGAGGGAGGGAGCUGUCUCAGAGGGAGCCCCUGCCUUUGCCCCCUUUGUGGGACUUUUGGGGGCAAGGGCCUUGCCUGCUCAGCUGGGUGGGGUAUCCCCACAACUUUGUGUUCUGGCUACCAAACUUUGGUGCCCUGUGACAACACUGGAUCUCUGUGGUGUGCAAUAAAAAGUAACUCGCAAAA